AAGCACCUAUAUAGCACAGUAACCAGGCUCAAUAGUGGAAAUACGCUGGAAGGCGACUAUUAAGAAGGAGAAAAAGCUCUAACCAACAAGCUUCAAUGACUUCAGAGUACGACAACAGACAAGUCUCCGUGGCUCCCAUCAGCAGCGUUCAAGUUAGUGAUAACAUGAUACCUGUUACAAUCACUUCGUGCUUCGUGCGCGUCCUAUGGAAAGCUGAGGCAGUCCUUGCUUGAUAGACUAAUGCCACACUGUUAUUGCUAGCCGUUUCCGAUCACUCGGCUUUGCUAUGUCAAAAAUGUCCUAAAUGCAAGAAACUUCAUGGCAAUGUAAUCCAACGGUCGGGGCUUUAAAGGAGUACAAGUGAAAGCUCAGCUCUCGGUUAGGUCGACUAACAUAGGGUUAGGUAGUUCAGCAAAGCAGCCAUGCAGAGCAAACUUGAAAAGGUUGUUGCUGGGCUUAAGACCGGCCCUCGCUUUCUGAAGGAGCUGCGGGAAUUCGACAAUCUGGUCAAGGCGAUCGGAGAAUGCAAGUCCAAGGCGGAGGAGGAUCGUAUUAUAACCCAGGAGCUGGAGCUGCUCAAGCAGCGCUUGAGCGAUCCAAAGCUGGACAGGAGCAGGGGCAAGGAGUACAUGAUCCGUCUCAUUUAUUGCGAGAUGUUGGGUCACGAUGCAAGUUUUGCCUACGUUAAGGCGCUGCAAUUCGCAAGUGACCCCAACAUCCACACCAAGAAGGCUGCCUACCUGGCGCUGACCCAGUUCCUGGACCACAACAACCAGCUGGUGCUGCUGCUGGUCAACACGCUGCUCUCCGACCUCAAGUCCGACAACUACCUCAUCGUCUGCACCGCGCUGGUGGCCGCCACCAAGCUGAUCGGCGCCGAUCUGGUGAACGCGGUGUACCCGGUGGUGGUGGGACGGCUGCGCCACCCCAAGGAGCACGUGCGCAAGAAGGCGGUGCUGGCGCUGCACUGGUUCGGGCAGCUGGACCCGCGGAGGGAGGGACCGCUGGCGGGGGUGGAGCUGGACAAGCACUUCAGGACAAUGCUGUGUGAUAAGGACCCCUCCGUGAUGAGCGCUGCGCUGUGCGCGCUGCACGAGUGCAUCCGGUCCGACCCGCGGCCGUACAAGAACCUCAUCCCCUCCUUCACCAGCAUCCUCAAGCAGGUGGCGGAACACCGCCUGCCCAAGAGCUACGACUACCACCGCUUCCCCGCGCCCUUCAUACAGAUCAAGCUGCUCAAGAUCCUGGCGCUGCUGGGUUCGGGCGACCGGGCGGCCUCGGAGAACAUGGCGGCGGUGCUGCUGCAGGCGCUGCGCAGGGCCAACAGCAGCCACACCAUCGGCUCCGCCAUCAUCUACGAGUGCGUGCGGACCAUCACCACCAUCUACCCCAACCCGCAGCUGCUGGCGGCAGCCGCGGAGAGCAUCUCCCCCUUCCUGCUGUCCCCCUCGCACAACCUGCGCUACACCGGCAUCACCGCGCUGGCGGGCAUCACCGCACUCAACCCCGCGGCGGCGGCGGAGCACCAGGUGGCGGUGCUGGACUGCCUGGAGGACCCGGACGACACGCUGAAGCUCAAGACGCUGGAGCUGCUGUACAAGAUGACGCGCGCCUCCAACAUCCAGGUCAUCACUGACAAGAUGAUGGGCUACCUGGCCACCUGCAGCGACGAGCACAUCCGGCGGGACAUCGUGCGCAAGGUCAGCGACCUGGCUGAGCGCUACGCGCCCUCCCCCGCCUGGUUCGUGUCCACCCUCAGCGAGGUCUUCCGACUGGGCGGCGAGCACGUGGACGAGGGGGCCGCGCACCGGCUGGUGCGGCUGAUCGCGGAGCAGGACGCGGGGCUGCACGGGUCCGCCGUGGAGGCGUACCUGGGGCUGCUGGAGGCGCAGGGGGGGGAGGGGGCGGGGGCGCCUUCUGCGGCGCCGAAGAAGAAGCUGCCCGAGACGAUUCUGCUGGUGAUCUGCUGGGUGCUGGGCGAGUACGGCCACCUGGCUCGCCGCCCGCCCGCAGCGGUGCUCUCCCGCCUGCUCUCCAUCCUCUCCUCCCACAAGGCCGCCACGGAGCGGGUGCGCGGCUGCCUGCUCACCGCGCUCACCAAGCUGGCGGCGCACACAGGGGGGGCGGCGGGGCCGGUGGGGGCGGCGCUGCUGCAGCCGCACGGCUCCGCGGGGGGAGGCGGGGGCGGACCCAUGGGUCGGGAGGCGGCGGAGCUGGUGCACCAGUGCCUGAACAGCCAGAACCUGGAGCUGCAGCAGCGGGCGCAUGAGCUGACGACACUGCUCAGCCUGCCUCCCCCGCUGCUGUCCUCCGCGCUGCCGGUUGACGCCGCCUGCGAGGAGUUCAGCGCCGCCGAGCUGGCGGAGGUGGCGACGCUGCCCUUCCUGGACCCCCUCGUGACGCGGGCGCUGGCGGCGGGUGCGGCGCCCUACCUGCCGCCGGAGGCAAGGGGGGCCAAGACGGGGGAGGCGCAGGCCAAAGGCCUACGAUUCGAGGCGUACGAGCCCGCGCCGUACGCCGUUCCCCUGGCCUCCUCCUCCACCUCCUACUCGGCCGGCGUCAACGACGCGCGCCUGCACCUGGGGUCCACCUCUGCGUCCACCUCCACCCUCGCAGCGGCCGCCUCCAGUCACACAGCGGCGGCCGCAACCCCCGCCGCCGGCAACCAGCUGCAGCCCCAGCUGGUGCUCAAGUCGGGGGGGCCGCGCAAGUGGGGCCCGGCGCAGUACGAGUCCGAGCCGCCCAGCCAACACACCGCGGGGCACUCCGCCGGCUCCUCGGCAGCAGCAGCGCACGGUACGGCAGCGGCGGGGGCAGGCCCGGCGUCUUCCUCCGCUGCUGGGACGACCACCCAGAGCGGUGGGGGUCGGCACUCCCGAAGCGGUUCGGGCUCUGCGGUUGUGACUGCGCAGAAUGCGGAGCGAGAGCGGUUGGCGGCGUCGCUGUUUGGCACUGCGGGAGGCACCGCGGCGGCAGCGGCCACGAGGCCGUCACCUGCGCACCGUCCGCAGCAGCAAUCACAGCCGUCCAACGGCUCCGCAAACGCCUCGCAGCAGCAGCAGCAGCGGGGGACGGCAGCUGCCCCCAGCGCCAUGGACCUCCUGAUGGAUCUGGACGUGCCACAGCAGCAGCAGCAGCUCACGGCGGCAGUGGGGCCGGCGUCGGGGAGCGGUCGGG